AUGGGGUCGAAGGUCUCUGUGGAUGAUUCUGUCCGCGUGGUCAUAGUUGGAGGCGGCUUCGGAGGAAUGGAAGCUGCCCGCCUCCUGCAGGAUUGGGGGAUCCCUUUCAUCCUGGUGGACAUGAGAGAUUCCUUCCAUCACAAUGUGGCUGCUCUGCGGGCUUCUGUACAGAGUGGAUUUGCAAAAAAAACCUUUAUCUCCUUCUCUGAGACCUUCAAAGACAGUUUCCAGCAGGGCAAAGUAGUUGAGAUUGAUUUGGAGAAACACCAGGUCCUACUGAACGAUGGUAAAGUGCUUUCAUUUUCUCAUCUGAUCCUUGCCACUGGGAGUGAAGGGCCCUUUCCUGGGAAGUUUAAUGAACUUAUUAAUAUGGAGAUGGCUAUUCAGGCUUAUGAGAACAUAGUGAAAGAGGUGGAAAAAGCUGAGCGGGUGGUAAUCGUAGGUGGCGGUUCUGCUGGGGUUGAAAUGGCUGCAGAAGUUAAGACAACAUAUCCUAACAAAGAGGUCACACUUGUUCAUUCAAAAAUGGCACUGGCAGAUGGUGGACUUCUUCCUAGAGUCAGGGAGGCGGUGAAGGAGACCCUUACACAGCAGGGAGUCCAUCUCUUGUUGGGUCAGAAAGUUUCUAAUCUCCAUAUGCUGUCUUUAAACCAAUUCAAAGAGAACAUGAUGGUGAAGACUGAUAAAGGUACAGAGGUUGCUGCUGAUCUGGUCAUUCUGUGCACUGGAAUAAAAAUAAACUCUUCAGCAUAUAGCAGCGCAUUCAGAGACCAGCUGGCAAAUAAUGGUGCUUUGAAAGUGAAUGACUACCUUCAGGUUGUGGGAUAUGACAAUAUCUAUGCCAUUGGUGACUGCUCAGAUGUGAAAGAACCAAAGAUGGCAUAUCAUGCUCAGCUCCAUGCAAACGUUGUGGUGACUAAUAUUAUCAACAGCCUGACUGAGAAGCCUCUGAAAAUCUAUAAACCAGGAUCGCUUACCUUCCUUAUCUCCCUGGGAAGUAAUGAUGGAGUGGGACAAAUAAGUGAAUACUAUGUAGGACAUCUUUUAGUGACUGUUCUCAAAAGUAAAGAUCUUUUCAUCUCAAAAAGUUGGAAGAAGAUGCAUCAGCAUAUGCCAUGCUAGGAAUGGAACUGCCAUAAACAAAAACAGAACCGAUGGUACCUGUGAUGAAUUAGUGAUGCGGAUUUUGCUUCCAUUAAAUCACAAUUACUUUUAGGAAACUAAGCUUAAAACCUAGAUUGUAGAUUUUAUCAGAUCUUGGCAGAAACUCUUUCACAUUAGAGUUUGGAGUUGGUUUGUAUGUUGUUAAUCAGCUAACAUGGAUAUGGUAAAAUUGAUCUAAAUUAAAUUUUGAAUGGAAGAAUUGAUUAUCAUGUAAGUGUAGACCACAAAACAAGGUUUAGGCUCAGAAAUUUUCAGUGCUAGAUAUAUCUACGCAGUGUACUAUGGUGUGCUAUGGUCUGUAUAAGCACUCUUAAACAUUCUUUAGCACUUUAAUUCAAAUUCUUAUGGGAAAAGAGUUAGUGAUGGGGAAAAAUACCAGUGCCCUUAAGGUUGAGAAAAAAGGAGAAAUGUAACUAGCACUUGAAUAUACUAUUAAAGGGCUCCCUGUGCUAAAUCAGUAUUCUGUAAAAUAGUAUUUAAUUGUCCUUCCUUCCUUUUCUCUCCAUCAUUUAUUCAUGUCAGAUUCUCUAAUAUUUGCUCAUAUUAGUAAAGUUGAAGAGACAGUCUUGCAGCUCCCUCUUCCUUUGGCAAAUACUAAUUGCAAUGUUGAAUUUGAGAAUAUUAACAGAACUGUCUUCUUCUUCCAAGAAACUUCUUACUUUUGAAGCCACUUUAAAUGUUUAUGGAAAUGAACAAGAAUAAUACACAAGGUUAAAGUUUUAAAAAAGCAUGAUGCUAUUUUUUUAUCAAAACAAAUAAGAUGAAAUAUUUUUUCAGCAAUUACAGGUCAUUCUGGGAUAAAACAGUAAAGCACCAAGUGAGUCAAAAUUAUCUUCUCUAUCAUGGAACAUAGACACAACAUAAAGAUUUCUAACUACCAGUGGGAAAAUAAAGGGAAGCAAACAAUCCACAUUUUUCAACUGAUGGAUGCAUUGAAUUGUUUGCUACUCUAUAAUGAGAUUAUUUUUUUUAAAAAAAGUCUAAACUAAAAUAACUUGAGACAUUAAAAUGUAGUGAAUUGGGAAAAUAAUUUCUUGGGGAAGAUACAAAAUGUAGAGGGCCUAACGCAUGAUAUAUCUGCAGCUCAAACUCUCUCAAACAAUUCCCCCCUUUCUCCCUCAAUAACAAAAGCCCUUCACCCAUCACAAAACUUCAAAGCUACUCACAUAUUCCGUCCUCACAAUAUUUUAAAAAUAAAACCCACUUCUAAUUCCCAUUCCUACUCAUAUUCAUGUUGAAAAAUAAAUUUUCAUUUGGCUUCUGU